AUGUUCUACCACAUCUCCUUGGAGCACGAGAUCCUGCUGCACCCGCGCUACUUCGGCCCCAACCUGCUCAACACGGUGAAGCAGAAGCUCUUCACCGAGGUGGAGGGGACCUGUACCGGCAAGUAUGGCUUUGUCAUUGCUGUCACCACCAUCGACAAUAUUGGUGCGGGUGUGAUCCAGCCCGGCAGGGGCUUCGUCCUGUAUCCGGUUAAGUACAAGGCCAUCGUUUUCCGGCCCUUUAAAGGGGAAGUCGUGGAUGCUGUUGUCACUCAGGUCAACAAGGUUGGACUCUUCACAGAAAUUGGACCCAUGUCCUGCUUCAUCUCCCGCCAUUCCAUCCCGUCCGAGAUGGAGUUUGAUCCUAACUCCAACCCACCCUGUUACAAGACAAUGGACGAGGACAUUGUGAUCCAGCAGGACGAUGAGAUCCGUUUGAAGAUCGUGGGGACCCGUGUGGAUAAGAAUGACAUUUUCGCUAUCGGCUCUUUGAUGGACGAUUACUUGGGGCUUGUGAGCUGA